UUUGCUAGCCGUGGUACGGCUAAGAAGAUUUUGUUGAAUCCUCCCAAGAGUUUCCACGACUGGAAACCCAAGUUCUUCUUCAUCCGGGAGGAAGUCUUGCCAAUAGCUAUGCCGUUUAGGGAAUGGACCGAGGUUAUACCAAAGGAGGACCUUCCUAUACCGAAGUCUGCUCAGUGGUAUCAGCAGCUUACCGCAACCCCUAACCGGGUAUUUGGGGAGAAUGUUCUGGUUGCUGCCAAGAUGAGUGACCAGUGGUCACCUAGUAGCAGGGAACUCCCGGUCUUGAAGAUCGGGGAUCAAGAGACGCAACUCUAUCAGGCUGCCUUCCCAGCCUUUGGUGGCUCCAUGGGCGUUCGCCCUCUGCGCGAUGAUGAGGAAGGCUGGUAUGACCAGAUAAAAGGGAACUUCAUGUUUCCUCCUGCUGACGCCUUCGCCUCGCCGCCGGAUGCAACUGAAGGUGUGUUGCGCGAUCUGGGGGUUGACCCAGAGGAGAAGAAGAAGAAACCUUCGAAGAAGAAAAAGAAGGCGGAUGUUGAAGUGACCAGCAAGGGUCUUGGCGCCAGUCGCGCAACUACUGCUGCUGUCAAAGGUACGCUUCGCCUCCGGCAACGUGACUUAGACGAUUACGUGAUAAUCAGUGACUCUUAUGAAGGUUUAUCAUAUGCAGCUAUGGGAAAGACUGGCGCUGGUGGGUCAAAGGGCUCUGGGAGCGCGGGUUCUCGUAACCCGGAUGCUGACGCAACUCCAUCUCAACCUGAGGAUGAAGAAGAAGAGGAAGAAGAGACUGCCCCGUUGAUUGGAAGAAAGAGGGGUAGAAGCGAGGCGACAACUGGUAUGGCCUCUGCGCCUGUUUCAGUUGUUAUUCCCGUUGUUGGGAAGAAGAGCAAGUUGCGCUCGUUAUACCAGUUUUCUCCUGGUAUGCUCUUAUCUCCCUUCUUUAUAAUUUAACCUCUUUUUGCUCAAGUGCGUUUGCUUUAUUC